AUCACCUCAGAGAGAGAUCACAUCUUUAUUUUGGGAAGGGUAAAGAAGAGAUCACAAAAGGAAGUGAUUCCAAAGGCAUAUCUCUCGUUCUGUCUAAUCUUAAAUUCUUUGUUUAAAACCCAUCUCUCCAUGCAUUCAUCUUGUUUUCUAUAUUUAUUGGUUCAUUUUGUAAGUUUUCUAAGUAUUUACUCAUCUCUCUAUCUAGCCAAGUGAACGUACACAUAUAUAUAUAUAUAGUCAUAGAGAGAGCGUCAAAAGUAGAGAAAUAUGGGUUUACGCUCCUUCAUAUCAACCAUCACAUACUGUUUGUUCCUUCGCUAUCCACACAAGAAGCCAAAACACAAAAGUGUGAACCAUCUUAACUAUUACCACACCAUGCCAAUGGCUCGUCCAACUUCUUUACAGACAAUAGACUUAAAAGUAAGGAUGUGUUGCAGUGGAUGUGAGAGGGUGGUCAAGCAUGCCAUUUACAAGCUAAGAGGUGUGGACUCGGUGGAAGUGAACUUAGAGAUGGAGAGAGUAACGGUGAUUGGGUACGUAGAGAGGAAGAAGGUGCUCAAGGCAGUGAGAAGAGCUGGUAAGAGAGCUGAGUUCUGGCCGUAUCCGGACAUGCCUCGCUACUUCACUUCUUCCGAGCAUUACUUCAAAGAUACCACACGUGAGUUCAGGGAAAGCUACAAUUACUAUCGUCAUGGUUAUAACCUUAGCGACCGUCAUGGUCAUAUCCAUGUUACUAACCGUGGAGACGACAAAGUGAGCAACUUCUUCAAUGACGAUAACGUCCAUGCAUGUCGCCUUAUGUGAUAUAGCUUUCUCUUGUGUAGGGGAUUUACAUGUAUGGUCUAUAGCGUUGAUUAAUUAGUUUUUAUGCAUAAGCAUAUGUAAACAAGAGAAAUUAAAAAGAAACUUGUGUACAUGUACAAUGCUUUUAUUAACAAGUGAAGCGAACCAAAAGAAUCAAUCUUCGGAUGCAUAGUGACUAAA